CCUCAUCUCCCUCCUCCCUCCCUCCCUCCCCCCCUUCCCUGCUCUCUCACCUGCUACUGCCAGCUAGCCCCUCCGGCUCAACGGAAGCUAGCGAUCGCCAUAGCCUCUGCGACUUGCCAAAGCUAGCACCCGCGCUAGAACAAGAAGAAGAAGCAGAACCAGAGGCGCAAAAGGCUUUGCGUGUGGCCUCAAGGAACCCCGAAAAGGCCGAGAAGGAAACAAGAUAAAAGGUAAUUUGAGCAGGGGGCAACGAUGGGUUGCGGCUUGUCGACGCCGGACAACGAAGGCGGCGGCACGCGGAGGAAACAGGGGAGCGUCGGCGACGUGGUCGUCUUCCUCCCGGGGCUCCGGACGCCGACGGGCGUGGACCUGUCCCAGCCGCUCGCCGGGCGCCUGGAAAAGGGCGCCGUGGAGAGGCUGUCGGCGCUGAGAGCGCGCGUCGUCGACAUGACAAUGCAAGAAUCGGCGUCGGCCCUCAAACCGAGGCGGAAGGCCGCCGCACGGCACGGAUCUAGCACCGCUAACCUCCUGCAGGCGCUGGAGGACUACCUCCCACUUCUGCUAGGAUUGGUGAAAGAUGGUGGUGAGUUGAGGAACAGCGUGGAGUUUGUGUGGACUAACCAAGAGGACAAGGCAGAGGAGACGGCCAUGGCGGAUGCGUGGUACGAGGUGCUGUCCGUGCUGCAUUUGAUGGCCAUGGUCUGCUUGCUGCAGGCCAACUCCCUUCUCCUUCCAAGGGCUUACGGCGACGGUUACGGGCCACGGGUCUCUGAAGAGAGCAGACGCGCCACUGUCGACGUUUUCUUGAAAGCGUCUGGCUACUUGGACUGCGCGAUUCGACAAGUGCUCCCACAGAUACCAACAGAACUAAGGAGACAACUUCCAGUUGACCUGGCUGAAGGCAACCUCAAAGCUCUUAGCCUGCAAGCUCUGGGUCAGGGUGUUGACAUGCAGCUUGGGCUGGCAAUCGAUAGCCCAAAGGCCACACUAGCUGUAAAAAGGCGCUUAGCUUGUGAGAUGGUCAAAUAUUGGCACCAGGUUCAGGAGAGCAUUCCAGAUCUUCCCGUGUCUGACGGAUGGGGGAAAAAACAUCUGCUAUUUGUCAAGUGGAAGUACGUCGAAGCAAAGUCUGCAGCAUACUACUUCCAUGGCUUGAUCCUCGACGAAGGAAACAGCGAGAAAUCUCACGGAAUGGCAAUAGCAGCAUUGGAAGCUUCAGAGGAAUUUCUGAAAGAAAGCAAAAGGGCCUCUGAAGCCUUCCACGCAACUCCUCCAACAUCUAGGAGCCCCACUCCAUUCGGAACAGCCAAGUAUCUGUUUGACAAGAUCCCGAAAGAGGCUUCAAGCAAGGUCCGGAUCAACCAGGAUCUGUAUACUCCAGAAAGGAUCAUUGGAGCACCACCCCCAUUGCCGGAUUUCUCGUUGGCACUAACACCUGAAGACUACGAUCUUCCUCCAUUAGACCCACUUUGGAACAAAGAAGACGGCCACCAGUAAGUGUAUAUUCAGCAUUCAGCAAGAGUGCCUUCUGAUGGGAAGGCUCUGGCACUACUGAGAAAGCAACGACCAGGAUUCUGCCAUGCGGAGGCCGAACACGGCGCAAACGAAGUGUACAAAGAUAUGUUGCAACAAAAAAUUGGUGUCGACAAAUUGGAAGCAAAUUUUAGAAAGGCCUGAAGAUAUCUCAAGAGCAUUUUUACAGUUAAAUCUUCUCUGACAAUGGGAACGCAUUGUCAAAAGCUUUCCAACAAUUCCUGUAAAAAUUAAAUUUGCAAUGAGCGCCAUGGUUCCUUUUUCUUA